ACUGGCCUUUGUACCCACGUACCUAUAUACAGACGGCCCGGCCACUUCCACAUCAGCAGCGGGAGUAAGCGGCUGUCACACGCGUUUCACCACCAUGAAACUGUUCAUAUUCCUGAUCGCCGUUGCUUUUGCAUCAGGCUCCCCCGUGAGGGUGAUCGACCGUACUGCUGACGAGCUCAAGUGUGGCAUCUGUCAACACCUCACACAGGAUCUGCACACUGUCCUGUCUAAAGAAGAUACACAGACCAAGGUGGUGAGCGGACUCAUGUCCCGCUGUGAGAGUCUUGUUGAGGGGCAGAAUGAGAGAUGUCGCGACAUCGUGCACGGCAUCGCCCCUAGCAUGCUGUCCCUCCUCGUCGACAACGUCCAUCCGUACGUCAUGUGCAGCACCCUGGAGAUGUGUCCCGUGGAACACGUGGAGCACGAGGAGACGCAGGUUGAACACGUGUCAAAAACAACGUUGUGCGAGUUCUGCCAGUUCGCCAUCAACAUCGUAGAGAGAUACGUCCAGAAGAACGCCUCCAUCCCAAAAAUCAACGAGACGCUAUACAACUUCUGCAACGACCUCCCUGACCCCCUCAAGUCAGAGUGCCUCCAGUUCGCGCCAGCUGUAGUGAAAGCUCUGGCAGAAGGAGUUGACCCCCACCAAGCCUGCGUCAAGGCCCACGUCUGUCCCAGCGAAACACAGGAACAUCCACUGACCUGGAAUGCCGUCACCUGUGAUGUGUGCAAUAACGUGGCUGAGAAGAUGUUCCAUGAAGACGCCGGUGCCGUGUGUAUGGAUCUGAAGAUCUGUCUUCGUCCCACGCUUCCUGCAGUGCAACGGGAGGUGCGCCAGGAACCCCAGCAGGAAGUUGGCGCAGGCCCCGGUUGUGAGCUGUGCGAGUUCCUCGUCAACACCAUCGACCAGUACUUGAAGCAGAACAAAUCCGAGACGGCCAUCAAUGCCACAGUGACCAAGAUCUGUAAUGACCUGCCAGAACCCCUCAAGGACACUUGCAACAGCUUUGCUCCACAGCUUGUGAAAGUUCUAGCCCAAGGAUUUGACCCCGAACAGGCUUGCACCAAGAUAGGACUGUGUGGGUCUCAGCAUGAACCUGAGCUGGAGCCAGAGAGGGAUGAGGAAGAUGAACCUGAGCUGGAGCCUGAGAGGGAGGAGGAACACGAGCAUGUGCCGGAGCCUGAGAGGGAGGAGGAUCGCGAGCAUGUGGAGCCUGUAGAAGCUGGUCCUGGGUGUGAAUUGUGCCAGUUCCUCAUCAACACCAUCGACGAGUACCUGAAGGAGAACAAGACAGAGGCGGCCAUCAAUGCCACAGUUACAAACUUCUGUAACGAGCUGCCAGAACCUCUCAAGGACACAUGCACUGGCUUUGCUCCUCAGCUUGUCAAGUUGCUGGCUGAAGGAGUCGACCCCAAGCAGGCCUGCACCAAGAUCGGACUGUGCUCUAGUUCAGAGGAAGAACACAUCGAGGAACAUGUAGAACACGAAGAACAUCACGAAGAACAGAAUGUGGCUGCUGGUCCUGGAUGUGAGCUGUGCCAGUUCCUCAUCAACACCAUCGACCAGUACCUGAAGGAGAACAAGACAGAGGCGGCCAUCAAUGCCACAGUUACAAACUUCUGUAACGAGCUGCCAGAACCUCUCAAGGACACCUGUACUGGCUUUGCCCCUCAGCUGGUGAAGAUGCUGGCUGAAGGAGUCGACCCCAAGCAAGCCUGCACCAAGAUCGGACUGUGCUCCAGUUCAGAGGAAGAACACAUCGAGGAACAUGUAGAACACGAAGAACAUCACGAAGAACAGAAUGUGGCUGCUGGUCCUGGAUGUGAGCUGUGCCAGUUCCUCAUCAACACCAUCGACCAGUACCUGAAGGAGAACAAGACAGAGGCGGCCAUCAAUGCCACAGUUACAAACUUCUGUAACGAGCUGCCAGAACCUCUCAAGGACACCUGUACUGGCUUUGCCCCUCAGCUGGUGAAGAUGCUGGCUGAAGGAGUCGACCCCAAGCAAGCCUGCACCAAGAUCGGACUGUGCUCCAGUUCAGAGGAAGAACACAUCGAGGAACAUGUAGAACACGAAGAACAUCACGAAGAACAGAAUGUGGCUGCUGGUCCUGGAUGUGAGCUGUGCCAGUUCCUCAUCAACACCAUCGACCAGUACCUGAAGGAGAACAAGACAGAGGCGGCCAUCAAUGCCACAGUUACAAACUUCUGUAACGAGCUGCCAGAACCUCUCAAGGAUACCUGCACUGGCUUUGCUCCUCAGCUUGUCAAGUUGCUGGCUGAAGGAGUCGACCCCAAGCAGGCCUGCACCAAGAUCGGAUUGUGCUCAAGUUCAGAGGAAGAACACAUCGAGGAACAUGUAGAACACGAGGAAAAUCACGAAGAACAGAAUGUGGCUGCUGGUCCUGGAUGUGAGUUGUGCCAGUUCCUCAUCAACACCAUCGACCAGUACCUGAAGGAGAACAAGACAGAGGCGGCCAUCAAUGCCACAGUUACCAAUUUCUGUAACGAGCUGCCAGAACCUCUCAAGGAUACCUGCACUGGCUUUGCUCCUCAACUGGUCAAGUUGCUGGCUGAAGGAGUCGACCCUAAACAGGCCUGCACCAAGAUCGGACUUUGCUCAAGCGCAGAACCGGAACAUCGCGAGGAACAUCCACAGGAACAUCCACAGGAACAUCAGGGGGAACACAGGGAGGCUGCAGGACCCGGGUGUGAGCUGUGCCAGUUCCUCAUCAACACCAUCGACCAGUACCUGAAGGAGAACAAGACAGAGGCGGCCAUCAAUGCCACAGUUACACACUUUUGUAACGAGCUGCCAGAACCUCUCAAGGAUACCUGCACUGGCUUUGCUCCUCAACUGGUCAAGUUGCUGGCUGAAGGAGUCGACCCUAAACAAGCCUGCACCAAGAUCGGACUGUGCUCAAGUUAUGACCAAACGCCACAAAUAGAUGACGCCAAGGCGGGCCCUGAAUGUGAAUUAUGCGAACUUGUCGUGAAAACAGUAGACAAGUAUAUUACCCAGAAUGCAACAGAAGCUGCUAUCAACACAACUAUUCUCAGGCUUUGCCAGGGCUUACCCGAACCAUUGAAAACCACCUGCUUCCAGUUUGCCCCUGAAGUAGUGAAGGCAUUAUCACAGGGAGUUGACCCGAACAUGACCUGUACCAAGAUUAAAUUAUGUUCGGGCAGCGAGGCGCCAGUCUUCCAGUUUGUCACAUGCGAGGUGUGUCGAGCCAGCAUGGAGAAACUCUACCCUGAGGAAUUCAAGAAGAUUUGUAGAGUGGCCUGCUCCGAGGAAUCAGAAGCCGAACAAAUAGCGGAGAGUUUCGCCCAAAAGGUUAAAGUAGCGAUCAAGGAACCAGACAGCGCUCUGACGUGUGAACUCUGCACGCUGCUGGUGAACACCCUCGACACCUACCUCAAGAACAACCACUCAUCGGCCGCCAUUAACUCCACGCUCCAAAAGAUCUGCAAGUCCCUACCCGCAGCCUUGCAGAUUGAGUGCAAAGUGCUGACUCCUCUCUUGGUCAAGGAACUCGCUAAAGGUUUCAACGCAACCGUAGCAUGCACCAACAUCAAAGCCUGCUCCAAAAACACAGGAGAAAUUUUGAGCCGUAUAGCCCGCAGUCUCACCGAGGAAAUGAACAAUGUUGGCGGUGUGAAGUGCUCGCUCUGCAAGGACCUGAUCGGCGUCAUCGACUUAGACAUCAAUGGUGACAAGGCGAAGACAAAGAAGCAGUUUGAAGAUGUCUGCCACCGACUUCCCCCACCCACAGAUCAGAAGUGUCUCGACUUUGUGGUGCCAAACUUCCCCAAGAUAUGGAAGGAGAUCGUCGAUGGCAAGCUUGCCCCCGAGAAAGUGUGCCAGACAAUCAAGCUGUGUUAGGACCACUGUCAUUGACAGCGCCACAGCUGUAUUUACAUCGUUGCCAAGGAAACCGGUGGCCAUCUUGAAAAUGGCAGCCGUCUUGAAAAAUGUGUUGCCAGUUCUGGUGUUAUUACUACCAUAAACAGUUGAUUUAGAAGUGUAUAAAUCAGACAAUACGAAUAUAUGUAUAUACAUUAAUUGCUCAAUUUGCACAACAUGGCAGCUGGCGUUCUUACUUGUAAUCAGAAAAUUGACAUUAACAGCCGAAGUUCUUGUCUCCAUAGAAACAAUGAAACUAUUAAUAUCAUAUCAGAAUGUACAUAUUUCUAUUCCUACCAAUAUCCAUAUUUAUAUAAACUAUUAUAAUAUAACGGCGUGAUUUUGUAUAUAUUUGAAAUAUGUAGAAUUAGGUAUUCUAAUGUAUGUCCAAAUAUAUUCUAUAUUGUUGAUUUUUAUUAUACAAUUUGUAAAUAUAUGAUUAAUUCUAAUAAACAUGUGAAACUGCC